UGGGCCUCGUGUCGUCCAAUUCAAUAAGACCUCCGUACCCAGUACGUAACUUUGAUAUUUAGGUUCUGAAUAAAAUGGAUGAUGAGGAUGAUCUUCUAUGGUCGGCUCAAAUCAUGGACGUACUAAACAAUAAGCUCUAUGGCUCAAAUACUAGAGUGUUUCCGUAGCGAAAACUUCAUGCGCGAGGUCGGAAUACGGGCGCCCGCUCCAAGUGAACAUGUACUGCUGCAUGACAGAAGAAGUCAAAGAACAGAAAAGAAUCAACCAAGAGAUAGAACGGAAAUUACCGCUACUGAAACGACUGAGACGGCAAGCAGUCACAUCGCUCCUGCUCGGCACUAGCGAGUCGGGAAAAUCGACACUUAUUAAGCAAAUAAGAAUCAUACAUGGAUGGGGUUACAGUGACGAUGACAAGCGCAGCUUCAUUAAGCUCGUCUACCAGAACAUCUUUAUGGCGAUGCAGAGUAUGAUACACGCCAUGGAUCUACUCAAUAUACAAUAUGAAUAUCCAUUCAAUAUAGAAAAAGCGAAGUUGAUAUCCUCAGUUGACUUUGAAAGUGUUACAACAUUGGAGAGCCGGUAUAUAGAAGCGAUCAAGGCGCUAUGGAGUGACUCCGGCAUACAGGAGUGCUACGAUCGCAGGCGGGAGUACCAGCUUACCGACUCGGCUAAAUACUAUUUGAACGAUUUGGAAAGAAUCGCCAAUCCAUACUACCUUCCCAACGUGCAGGAUAUUCUGCGUGCCCGGAGACCGACCACUGGUGUCCUUGAGUACUCUUUCGAAGAACAAUAUAUACGUUAUAGACUCGUUGACGUCGGGGGCCAAAGAUCGGAGCGAAGGAAGUGGAUCCACUGUUUUGAAAAUGUCGAAACUAUAAUAUUUUUAGCAGCUCUUAGUGAAUAUGAUCAUAUUAUAUUCGGAUCAGAAUAUAAGAACCAAAUGGAAAAAUCAAAGGCCUUGUUCAAGACGAUCUUAAGAUACCCGUGGUUCACGCGCACAUCCAUGAUUCUUUUCCUCAACAAGAAGGACUUGUUCGAUGAAAAAAUCAUGUACUCGCAUCUCGCCGACUAUUUUCCUGAAUACGACGGUCCGCAGCGCGACGCAAUCACGGCGCGAGAAUUCAUCCUGCAAAUGUUCCUUGACCUCAACCCCGACCCAGAGAAAAUCAUAUAUUCUCACUUUACCUGUGCGACAGAUACUGAAAACAUCCGAUUCGUGUUCGCCGCAAUCAAAGAUGCAAUCCUAAGUGCCAGCACGAGGGAGUACAUUGUGGAAUAAGCAACUACGUGAUCCGUGACAUAAAGAACAAUGGCGACCUCCCAUAUAAAGUUUUGUUGACAU